AGUUCACCACUUUCAGAAAAGCCAGGAAACAGAAACUUUGGGGAAAGGAAACCACUGGGGAAGGUGGAGCCCCGAACUGCCUCCCGCGUCUGCAUCCUGUGAGCUGCACCUGCCACCAUGAGCCGCGCCCCUCGGCCCUUGCUCCCUGGCGCCCGCGCCGCCGGCCCCCCCACCUACGAGAUGCUCAAGGAAGAGCACGAGGUGGUGGUCCUCGGGUCGGGGGCCCCCCAGAGCGCGGCUCCCGCGAUUACCACCGUGAUCAACAUCUGCGGUGACACAGUCGUGCCCGACCACGUCGUCUGGUCCCUGUUCAACACCGUCUUCAUGAACUGGUGUUGCCUGGGCUUCAUGGCCUUCUCUUACUCCGUGAAGACCAGGGACCGGAAGAUGGCGGGCGACCUGACCGGGGCGCAGAGCUUCGCCUCCACCGCCAGGUGCCUCAACAUCUGGGCGCUGGUCCUGGGCCUCCUCCUGACCGUCACCUUCGUCAUUCUUGUCUCAACCGGCUCCCUGGUGAUUUUCGAAACAGUUUCCGAGAUGGUAAAACAUUACGGAGGGUUGUAGUCGGCGCCGGAGGCCUCGGGGCCCCUCCCGUCGCACUGUCACCUUCAGGUCCCUCUAGCGCUGGUGUCAAUAAAGCACGUGCCUGUGA